UUACCUCUUAUAAAUGCUGCACGUCACACAUUGUGAUUGUUGUGUGCGCGGACGGUAGUGUUCGCUUCGAUUCUGUAAACACCGCAGUGUUUGGGUUUCUCUGCAGGGCAUAGGCCAUUCGAUCAUGAACAUCCCAAGGUGUGGGAAUGACAACAACACUCUUUGGAUAUGUGUGGGGUAUUGAUGUUCGAAUUCCGUUUUUCCAAUGGCCGGAGUUGGGAGUGACGGAGAAGGCGAAAGCAUGACUGUUGAUUUCUGUGAGAAACAAGCGUCCAAUUCGGCGCAGAACUUUGUGCAUAAUUUCCUAGCAUUUGAUCGAAAUAACCCAGCGAUCGGCAGGACGCGAGAUCCAUAUGACUAUGCGAAAAAAUUUACAGAAUUCUUUCUGAGAUACUUCGACUACGAACUGCGUAGAUCGUCCCUCCAUAAUGCAAACAACAUUACGGAAGUGAAUUCUGUGGCCGAAGCGCACGGAGCUAGUCCAGCGGAGGCAACCCCUCGGACAGGGAUUGUCCCUGAAAUGCCUCAAAAUGGAAGUGACCAUAUUCAGCAUACGCACACAGAUGAUUAUGAGCGGGACAGCAGCCCUGAUCGAGGGGUCAGUCCGUCCCGUAAACCAACACGGGGUAUAUUCCGGCGUUUUUCCUUCAAAAACAUUAAAAAAUCAAAACUAUUCAAACAAGGAACAGAAGAGGGCGGGGAACCAUCUUCACCAAACCCUCGAGCAAAACAUAAAAACAAGAGAGAUUCCAAACGAUUACCAAACUCACAGCAAGACAUUCAGAAAGAAGGAAUUGUUAAUGUUCUGACCGGGGAAGACGCAAAGGGAAAAUCUAGAUGGGAGAAGACAAGGCUUGUUCUACUGAAAAACCAGAGUGGUUUUCAAAUGGAAUUUUACGCACCACCAAAGGGCGAAGGCACAAUAGAGUAUGUGAUAGAGGCUUCUGACCCAGCUGAUCUGCGUGCCUGGCUCACAGAGAUACGUGGAUGUCUUCAACAAAACCAUUGUACUGCCGCCACGGCGGAGGGGAUUGCUGCCAUGAGACCCAGAUUACCUACAGCCCCAUCAGGGUCAAUUGAAAGGAAAGACUCCCCCCAGCUGACCUCCCAGCACCGUAGCUCCUCCCAGGGCAGUCUGGGCAGUGCCACGCCCACCGUGCCACCCCGCCCCUCGCCGCGCCCCUGGAGUCUGAUACAAGUGGAGAACAACACGCCACCUAGUGGCCAGAACAUCAGCUCUGGGGACUUGAGGGCGUCGCCACGUGGGGAGAGUGGCUUCGAUGUAGGUCACCCUGAACCCUUCGAUGGAGAAGGUGGGGUGGAGACGGUGCUGCGAGAAUACCCAUGGUUCCACGGUACCUUGUCCCGUGCAGAGGCCGCUCAGCUGGUCUUACAACAGGGACCUUCGGGCCACGGGGUCUUCCUGGUACGCAAAAGUGAGACGAGGUCGGGGGAGUACGUGCUCACCUUCAACUUUCAAGGAAGGGCAAAGCAUUUACGAAUGACAAUCAAUAAUGAGGCUCGGUGUCGAGUCCAGCACCUGUGGUUCGAGACGAUAUUCGACAUGCUAGAACAUUUCCGCACUCAUCCGAUACCCCUUGAGUCGGGGGGCUCAUCGGACGUGACUCUCAACGCGUUCAUCGUGGCCCUCGAGCGGCCUCGAACCCCAACCUCCACGGGAUCCUUGCGUAGUCGAGGGGGCGGGGCGGCGGCUCAUCACGGUGGGGGCGGGGGACGCAGCGGUGGUGCACCUCUCGGCACGACGCAUCACCAGGAGGGUGGUCAGCGAGAUGUGAUGGUGGUCAGCGGAUCGGUGCGCUCCCGGACGUCGUCCAUCGAGAACGUGGUACGGGAACAGACGCAGGCCCAGCAACAGCAACACAACCGAGCCAUCGACAACCAUUACUCCUUUGUGUAGACUCGAGACCCCCACAGCUUAUUCCACGACCCUACCUACCUACCUACCUACUGUCUAUGUUUAUUAAGAACUGACUCUCUUUCAGGCUACAGAGGAAGGAAAGAGGUUGGAAAAUUUUGAAGAAGUGGAAGUCUUUUCUAGAACAUGGCAGUUGUUAUUUGUAGAUGGCUCAAGCCCGACAGUGCUAGCAGUCAAGAAAGAGACUGUAAUUGCUUAUUUGUCUUGACCUUAGACUGCUGAACACACUCUUUUUUUCCCAUCUUGGAUCUAGAAGUGGCUGAAGUCUUAAUGAGAAGGAGCUAAGGAAGAGGAUUCAAGCCACACAUUAGCACAACAAAGCAAUCAGCAACCAUUACAUGUGUAGCUCAACAUGUGGUUAUUCCUCUGCCCUAUCUUCUUACUACGUUUAUGUCUCUAUUUUUCAAUUUAGAGUUGGACAAAUGUCAUUAUCAGAAUAUAGCUUCAGAGCAGAUACUCCUUGCCUAGCGACCAGGCUGACAACUGUCGUCAUUUACCCUCGUUUGUCAAAACUUCUGUUAUUGAACUCUACUUGGGUACGGAAGAUAUGCUGUCAGCCCUGUCCCUUUCACAAAAGCUGCUGUCAUUUCGAGAACCCAGACCCAGGUGUUCUAUCUUCCUGUCUACCUUCCACCUUGAUUGAUAUGUGGCUAGAUGUUUGAUGAGCCGUGGCUGAAAUGUUUGAUGAGUUUUGGCUGAAAUGUUGGAUUAAUUGAUGAAUCUCGGCUGAAAUGUUUGAUGAACUGAUCAGUCUUGGCUGAAAUAGUUGGUGGAUUGAUGAGUCUUGGCUGAAAUGUUUGAUGAAUUGAUGAGGCUUGGCUGAAAUGCUUGGUGAAUUUAAGUUUUGGCUGAAAUAUUUAAAUGAGUCUUGGCUGAAGUGGUUCAGAGUUCUUUGAUGGAACCGUUGACCACACUUGAUUGAAAAUGUUGAUGAGUCUUGCUGAAAUGAUUGAUAAGUCUGUCUCAUAUGUUUGACCAGUAUUCACUGAUGGCAGUAUGGUGUGCAUGGAUGAAAGAAACCCUUGUGAAUGUCAGAGUUACUGGGUGAAAGUGGAACAGUUUUUGUCAGGAAAACUUUUAUCCACCUUGCAAUUUGAUGUGCCUACCACUUAAGGAAAAUGUGUUGAAAUGUGGGGAGGUUCACAUUUCCUGUAGUUGUCGAGCUAGAAAACAUUCCUCAAUUGGAGGUUUGCGGGUGCUCUGGUGUGGUUAGCUCCUUCUUUCCUGUCUUACAUCAGUCGUCUUGAUCUCUCCUACUUCUGUUUUGUGUUUGUUGCUCUCUUGUAAUACCUCUAAUCUUGGGUUCAUACAUGACCUUACUGUGUUGCAAAUGCCGUAAAACUGUUACCAACCCUACCCUUAUUGAGGAACUUGAAGCGGAUGGAGACUGAGCAACAAAUCAAAAGAAGAAAUAUCAGAAGAUGUGUCGGUUUUUUUUUUUUACAAGGGACUGGUUAUUCGUACAGUACGCUACCUUGAGGUCAGGUGAAUUCUGAUGAACCUGACAAGGUCUAGCAUAUUCGAAUAAGACUUGAUGUCAAGGCUUAUUCGAUUGAUUGAUUGAUAACAAGUUCUUGUUAACUUUUGAACUUUUAAAAUUGAGUUUAAAUGUCUAAAUAAUUACUCUUUGAUAAAUAAAGAGUUGAGUGUGUUUUUUUUAAACUGUUAAUUUAGGAAUUAAUAUUGUGAUUGUCCCUUUCCUCCCGCAUUUUUCGUGUACUGAAGAUGGGGAGCUUAAACAUCCCCGCGACAAAAAGGUAAUUAAAACAUAAGUUUUGGGAAUUUCGGACUUUUGCCCAUUCAAAAAGAAAUAGUACCUAAAGAAUUACUUUUUCAGCCAGUGUGAACUCUAAAGAGUUCAUUCCCUUUGAGACUUGAACGUCAGUUGACUGACUGUUACAACCUGGUGCCCGAAAAUGUUUCUUUCUUUGAGUUGAACUUUAAUGCUGUUUAGUGUUACUGGUUAAG